ACUCGGUUUGGCGCGGCUCUGGAAUUUGGAACGCGCGCGCAUUUGAUGAAUUUUUUUUGUGAGGUUAGGAAAUGUCGAAUAAGGGGGCUCUGGCCCUUUUGGCCCAAUACGAGGGUGAUAGUUCCGAGGAUGAAGUCUCCGGAACACGUGUUUCCACUAAAAGACUCCAUAGAGAUGACGAUGAGGAGCCCCAAAAUAAACGUUUGGAAAGGCUUCCGGUGCCAAAUUUUAACUUAAAUAAUCCCGAAGAGGUUGUCGAUGAUCCAACAUUGCAUGAAGGGAGACUUAGGAGUUUUCCCCAUGAAAGGGGCAACUGGGCCACUUACGUUUAUAUCCCUUAUGAGGCCAAUGAGGGGUUGCAUAGACUAAUUUCAAGAAUUGCAGACUCGAGUCAAGUUGAAAAUAUUGAAUUGAAAUAUUUUGAUCAUUUUCACCUGAGUCUUACACGAACUGUGAUAUUGAGACAUCAUCUGAUUGAGCCUUUUGUUAAUACAAUACGAGAAAAUAUUAGCCAUUUCAAUAAAUUUAUUAUAAUGUUGGAUGGCCUGGAAGUGUACAUAAAUGAGGAAAAAACCCGAACUUUUUUGGGUUUACAGAUUAAAACUGGCUACGACACUUUACUAAAACUAGUGCAGUGUCUUGAUCAUUGUUUGGGCGAAUUUAAGUUAGAAAAAUUCUAUGAAAAUCCUUCGUUUCACAUCAGCAUAGCUUGGUGUCUUGGUGACCAAACAGAGAAACUCAAAUCGCUUGCUCGUGAUUUAAAUCAGGAAUUAGAACAACUCAUGAAUGAAUUCUCACAAGAAAAUUGGUAUAUAUAUGUGCAGGAAAUUUUUUGUAGGACGGGAAACAAAUUGUUUCAGUUUAAUUUGUUAUGAAUUUAUUAUAAAAAUAAUUUGAAACUAAUGCUUUUUAAUAAAAUAUGACCGUCCGGCUGGAUUCAUUACGCA